UUGUUAUUAGUUUACUAACAGAACACUCCAAUUUGCUUUAUGCUACUUCAACACCAUCAGAUCUGAAUCACUUUGAUUGGGAAAUGAAGAUUUAUAUAGUUAAAGAUUCACUGGAUAAACAAUAGUUUCGUGAUGCACUGAAAAUAUAGGAGUCAUUGUGAGACCAACGAGUUGAAUAAUUGAACAAUAUGGCACAUGUUGGAACAUCAUAAACUGGAUGUUGGUUUUUGUAUAUUUCAACACUGCGAAGAACCCAUGAGAUUCGUUACGGGUUACACAGGUCACGUGCAGGGGGCGCAGGAAGACUGCGGACGCAGUGUCGUGGACUUCGCCCGACACCACGACUCCCCCAGCCCGCACCCCGGGCCCCGACCCCACGGGGCUCCUCACGACAUGCCCCCACCCCCAUACCAGCACCUCUCCUCCUUCCCCUCCCCUGGCAACCCACUCUUUCAUCCCUAUGCUAACAAUGAUCAAAAUUAUCUUCAAUACUCAUUCAAUUCAAGUGGUAACUUCCAGUUAGACUCAUUCGGCAAAACUGAAAACUACCCCAAAAAUUACAUCAAUGACGCAGAAAAUGUCUCCCCAAAUAUGAUCAGUAACUCCAGGAAUAUCCCUAUAAACUCUUCCGCCAACUUUCCCCCAGUUCCCUCGGGAAAUAAUUUUGGUCCGUACUUGUACCCGUCAGCCGCCGUGUCCCCAGGCUACAGUCAUAUCUUGUACUCACCGUCCCGCCAGCUCCUGCCACCACAACUCGCUGCUCGGCAGAAGACUUUGAACGACUGCAUCAGCAUGAGCACAACACCGCGGCGCUCUCUGGCGGUGCCCCACACCCUGGCCUCCCUCCCUCCCCCCUCACCGCCUACGUUCCUCUGCCCCCCACCGGCCAGAUUUGUUCCUUAACAUUUUUAUGUGAAUAAAUGUCGGCUAUGUGGUAUGGAUGCAAUGUGGUAUGGAUGCAAUGUGGUAUGGAUGCAAUGUGGUAUGGAUGCAAUGUGGUAUGGAUGCAAUGUGGUAUAAUGCAAUGUGGUAUAUGGAUGCAAUGUGGUAUCUGGAUGCAAUGUGGUAUCUGGAUGCAAUGUGGUAUCUGGAUGCAAUGUGGUAUAUGGAUUCAAUGUGGUAUCUGGAUGCAAUGUGGUAAAUGGAUGCAAUGUGGCAUAUGGAUGCAAUGUGGUAUAUGGAUGCAAUGUGGGUGGUAGGUAUAUGGAUGCAAUGUGGGUGGUAGGUAUAUGGAUGCAAUGUGGUAUCUGGAUGCAAUGCGGUGUAGGGGCAAUGUGGUGUUUUUCGAUCUCGAGUAAAGGUUAAGAUCUUAACCUUAAGGGUUAAGAAGUUUCUUCUUCACUGUUUCUUUUCUAGAGUCCAUAGUCCAUACCUAAUCUUUUAGACAUGUUGCCUUUCUCAUAAUUUCAACGCACUUUCCAUGGAUACCGCGUCAUCUUUUUUGCAUACAUUACGCCGUAGCCCCUUGAUGCGUUCUUACUCGAGUUUUUAGCCUAAUUAAGCUAAAGUAUUUCCGAUUUCUAAAUUUUUGUAUCCCAUAGCCUUAAGUGUCCUAUACAUUUGAAACAUACGUUCCGCCCAUCAUUAUUGAACCUUAAUAUACCAAAUACCAGAGGUGGGCAGUAGCGCGCCACAUGUACCAAUCUAAAAAAUGAU